UGCAGACGGGCACUUGUCGGCCGAUCAGAACGGUCCCGUCUGCACGUUUAUCAUCAUAAUUAAGAUUCAUAAUCUAAAAGUGGCUGCACCGUUAAUGUAGUGAAGGUGAAGUGUAAGCGUAUUCGAUUUUUAAUUUAAUGCGGAGUAAGAUCAGCAAAAUAAUGUCUCAACAUGGCGUCUUACACCAGUUUGGAUUUUGAUUUGAACCUUCAGUGAGGAUGAUCCAGCUGAGGAAACGCUCAUCGCUACACCGCUGAAAAAACAUCAUCUCAAUCAGAAUUGUUGCAAAAAUUUCAAUAUCACCAUGGCUGCUGGUAGCAGUGAUCCAUGGAAAAUCAGCGGAGAAGAACGAGCAAAGCAUGAUGCCCAGUUCUUUCAACUGAAGCCAGUGAAUGGAUUUAUCACAGGGGCACAAGCCAGAGACUUUUUUAUGCAGUCUGGUUUAAGUACCCAGGUCCUUGGACAGAUAUGGAGUUUGGCAGAUAUGAACGGGGAUGGAAAAAUGGACAAGUUGGAAUUUUCAGUGGCCAUGCACCUUAUCAAGAAAAAGUUGCAGGGCUAUGAACUGCCAAAGGUCCUGCCUGCCAGUCUGAAAGCUGCACCUAGUCCAGUCAUGGGAUCAUUUGGUCUCCAGGCAGGCCCUAUACCCAUGGGUCAACAAGUAGUCAUGGGAAUGGCUCCUGCUAUGAAUCCUCCAAUGGGUAUGGUUCCCAUGUCCACUGCCCUCAUGCCACAAGCAUCUCUUGGUACAGCGACCAUAACGACUGGUGCUGUUGGCAUGCCAUUAAUGGCUAAUGGUAUUAGUCCAGCCAUUGCCCCCAUGGGUGCACCAGUUGCAGUUAUACCUCAAGGAGGGAGCAUCUGGGCCAUGCCACAUGCCAGCAAGCUGAAAUACACCCAACUGUUCAAUACGCAUGACCGAAACAAACGUGGAUUUCUUACAGGUGUUGAGGCGCGAAGUAUACUAAUGCAAACUGGACUUCCCCAACAGUUGCUGGCUCAGAUUUGGACACUGUCAGAUGUGGAUAAUGAUGGGAAGUUGACCUGUGAUGAGUUUUGCAUUGCAAUGCAUUUGUCUGAUUUGGCACGACUUGGUCGUGCCCUGCCACCUAAGUUGCCUGCAGAGCUUAUUCCUAGCAGGGGAAGAUCAGGCAGCUUUGGAACGCCAGCAGGAGUCACCAUGCCUUUACCACCUGGUGGACAGCAAAAGGACUCUUUUGGUGAUUUGCUCGGUGGCUUUGGAAUGGCUCAGCCUGCUCAGCCCCCUGUGCAACCUGUUGCUGUUGAUGACAAAGCUGUGGAGGAGAUAGCACCAGUAACAUUUGAAGAUAAACGUAAGGAGAAUUUUGACAAAGGACAGGCUGAACUUGAGCGUCGUCGAGCUCUUCUGCAAGAGCAGUUAAAACAAGAGGAAAAUGCUCGUUUGGAGAAAGAGCGACGAGAAGCUGAGAAACGAGAAAGAAUUAGGCAAGAGCAAGAAGCUCGCCGCCAGGAGGAGCUUCAGCGGCAGCUUGAGAGACAGCGUAAGAUGGAGCAGGAACGUGAGGAGCAGCGUCGCAAAAUGAUGGAACAGAGGGAGCAAGCUCGUCGUGAAUUGGAGCGGCAGAGACAGAUGGAAUGGGAGAGGCAACGCAAAGAACAGCUGAUGGCAGAAAAACAAAGAGAGUAUGAGCAACUGGCAAUACUAAAGUCUCAGAGCACAAAUCUCAAGUGUGAGCUGGAAUCUCUGGAUGGCAAGAAAUCCGAACUUGCAGCAAAAAUAACACAAGUAAGAAGUGGAGUGACUGACUUGACUACGAGCAUUGAGGGUAUGCGAGUGCAGCGUGACCAAACUCUAACGGACAUUGAUCGCUUUGAGAAGGAAAUGCAGGAGCUGAGCCAGAGGUUGACAAGGCUUGCUGGUGAGAAAGAUCAGCUGAAUCUUCAGCUUCAGACUCAGCAGAAUAUUCCACUGUCAGAUACACAUAGAACAGUGAUGCAUAGUGUGGAGCUGAAGAGAACCAAUGUCCAGAAGCUGCGCCGAGAACUCGAACAGCUAGAACAGGAGACAGAGACCCACUUAGUGGAUAUUGACAGUGACAAUGUUCAGCUGAAGAGCCUGUCGGGGCUGGUGGAACAGCUGGAGAGGGAGAUCCCCAUGCUGCAGCAGCGACAGCAGGAGGCCCGAGCACUGAAACAGCAGCAGGAGGCAGAUUCAAAGGCCAAAGAGCGGCAAAAUCAGGAGCAGCUCAAGAAAGAGAUAGAUAUAAAGAGAAAAAAGGUCAAGGAGGCUGUACCCAGUAGUGCAGGAAAACAAGAUGCUUGGUUUGACUUCAACAGCACUAGUGCAGCCUCUGGAGCAAGUCAUAAAACAGAGGUUGAAAGUAAUGCUUGGAGCAGUGCUUUUAGUAAACCUUCAGCAGCAGCCACUGGAGCUUCUAAAGAUAUAUGGGGCUCCUCGGAUCCUUUUGCUAGUCAAGAUUUAUCAGCAGGUUCAUUAGGAAGUAUGCCAAAGACAAAGUGCAAGGUGCUGUUUGCUUUUGAAGCAAGGAGUGAUGAUGAACUGAGCAUAAAUCCUGGAGAUGAUGUCUGGGUACUGGAUGAUCAAGGUGAAGUGGUUCCUGGCAUGGAGGAAUGGUACAAGGGAGAGAGAGGUGGUAGACAUGGCUGGUUCCCAAAGGCUUAUGUAGAGAAGUUGAAUGAAUCGGCAUCACUGUUUUCUAGUCAACCCAGUACCUCAGAUUUAUUUGGAAGUGCAUUCCAGCCUGUUCUGUCAUCCAGUCAGACAGCAGUAACUCCUGUUGGAGGAGGGGAUGGGUUGACAACAUCUGCUUUUGAGCCACAGGUCUCAGACUCCUUUCAGCCAACACCAGGAGAGUCAAAGAAGGCACCGGAAGGUUUGAAGGCAUUAGCCAUAUACCAGUGGAAGGCAAGACAAGACAACCAUCUGUCCUUUAAUAAAGAUGAUGUCGUUGCCAUUAUGGAGCAAGAGGAUAUGUGGUGGAUGGGAGAAAUGAAUGGCAAGGUUGGCUGGUUUCCCAAGGCUUAUGUUAAACUCCUGGAGUCUGAAAAGCCUUUGAGCAGCUCUGAGACACCCAGCCCAAUGGGAACAUUAGAAAGGAACGGCAGUGCCAGAGAUUCACCUGCACUUGAAAAGAAAGGGGAGUAUUAUGUGGCAAUGUAUUCAUAUUCUACCGAGGAACCAUCUGACCUGGCCUUCGGUGAAGGGGACAUGAUACUUGUCACUCAUAAAGAUGGUGAUUGGUGGACAGGAACCCUGGGUGAUAAAUCUGGAAUCUUUCCCGCUAACUAUGUGAAGAAGGUAGAAAUUCAGGGGAGCCUUGUGGAUACUCCUGCCGACUCAAAAGUUACUGAGCCUGGCCAGAAAAGUGUAAAGAAACCUGAAAUAGCCAUGGUCAUAGCACCAUACACAGCCACGGGAAGUGGACAGUUGACUCUUGAACCUGGCAACCUGAUACAAGUGCGACAAAAGUCACCCCGUGGCUGGUGGGAAGGGGAACUGCAGGCAAGAGGACAGCGAAAGAAAAUUGGAUGGUUUCCUGCCAACUAUGUUAAACUGCUUGGUUCGUCAUCCAGUGCUCGCUCUACCCCUGACCCUAACCUGUCCUUGUCCUUGCAGGCCUCAGGAAGCAGGUCGAACAGUCCACUACCGCAGCCACAGCCUCAGUCUCAGCCUCCACCACUGACACCACAGACUCCACAGACUCCACAGGCCUCACAGCCACCACAGACACCCAGCUCCCAACAAACGCCUGCAGCGGAACAGGUGGUAGCUUUGUAUGCCUAUGCAGCUCAAAAUGAGGAUGAGUUGACAUUUGCAAAGGAUGCUGUGAUCACCGUCAUCAGCCGUGACAACGAUGACUGGUGGCAUGGAGAAGUUGAUGGGCAAACAGGGCUUUUCCCUUCUAACUAUGUCACGCCACUUAACACUGAGAAGUCCUGGCUGAGUGAUGCAGUGCAAGGGAACCUGUCAGGAAUUGAAAAACAGAGGCAGAAUUAUAUUCAAGAGUUGAUCACCACGGAGGAGUCUUAUAAUGCUGAUAUGUCUAUAGUUAUUGAGGCAUUCUGUAAACCUUUGGUAGAGGCCAAAGUCUUAUCAGCUCAAGAUGCAGAGAAAAUUUUUGUCAACUGGAAUGAGCUCAUCAUCUGCAACAAAAAGCUUUUGCAAUCACUGAGAGUGCGGAAAAAAAUGUGUGGGAAAGGAAAAGUCAUCCUGAUGAUUGGUGACAUUCUUUGCGAGAAUCUCCCCCACAUGACGCAAUAUGUGAGAUUUUGCAGCUGCCAGCUCUCUGCAGCUGCACUGUUGCAACGCAAGACAGAAACAAAUCCUGAGUUUGUUGAAGAGCAUAAGAAGUGUGUUGCUAACCCAGCAACCAAGGGCAUGCCACUCAGCAGCUUCCUGUUAAAACCUAUGCAACGCAUAACCAAAUAUCCUCUUAUUAUAAAAGAGAUUCUGAAGUACACACCGGAAGAUCAUCCAGACUAUGGGAAUGUUGUGGAAGCACUCAUGCGAGCGGAGGAACUAUGUAAUCAGGUCAAUGAGGGUGUACGCCAGAAGGAAAACUCAGACAGGCUUGAGUGGAUACAGAGGCAUGUUCAUUGUGAUGGCAUUGCAGAGAACAUUAUUUUCAACUCUGUUACAAACUGCUUGGGUCCUCGAAAACUUGUACACACUGGUAUUGUUUAUAAGGUAAAAAGUAACAAGGAGCUGCUGGGUAUCCUGUUCAAUGACUUCCUCCUCUUCACAGUUGCGUCUCGACGUCUUGGUCCGUCUUAUGCUGCCUCUCACAUCUUCGACUCCAACAUGCAGCUUAAGAUGUACAAAGCACCCGUGGUGCUGAAUGAGGUGUUAGUGAAGAAACCUGUGGAGGCAGAUGCAGAUCCAUCUCAUUUUCAGAUCUCACAUAUUGAUCGUGUGUACCAUCUUAAAGCUCCCAAUGAAACUGAACGAGACUUGUGGAUAAAGAAUAUUGACAUGCUGUCAAGACAGUUCCUGGACACUGAGCGAAAAAAACGUGAAAGACAGCAUUCAGUAAGGCGAACACCCGGGGUGGGUCGGCUCCUGGUGGUCAUUCUGGAAGGCUGUGAUCUACGAGCAAGUGACAACACGGGGAAGAGCGAUCCCUACUGUGAAGUGAGCAUGGGCACCCAGGAGCACCGUACCCGCGUGGUACCCGGGACACUGAACCCAAAGUGGAACUCCUCCAUGCAGUUCACCAUCCGAGACUUGAACCAGGACGUCCUGUGCAUCACCGUCUACGACCGGGACAUUUAUUCGCCCAACGAUUUCCUGGGCCGCACAGAAGUGCGCGUGAGCGAAGUCCAGGAGGAGGCGAGGAUCAAGAAAGGACCGAUCACCAAGCGGCUUAUUCUUCACGAAGUCGAGACGGGAGAGGUAGUCGUCAAGCUUGACCUGCAGCUGUACGAUUGACCCCUUGACCUCGCCCUGGCAACCAAAAUGGCGUUGGUGUUAUCCUCAGACAGCGACAGCAAAGUAGUAAUUUGGGACUUCACACGCUGGAUGUCUCCCCUGCUCAGUCCCUUUCCUUCCUCUUAUCAAGUGCGCACACACGUGAGACUGAUUGUUAUCCAGCAUGUGCGCCUCGUGUACUUGUGGAAGGGAUGUUGUUGCCAUGAGUGAUGCUGUCAUUGUAAGCAACGGUCUGGUUGUGGUUAUAGAAUGGGAGGGGGAGGGACUAGAAGAUGGGCGUGCGGGAACUAUGACGUGCAGAGACGCUGACAGUUUGAAAGUGAGUCUACAGUGACCAGGAAGUGCAGACAGAGGUGAUAAACAUGCAACAGCUUCGACUUAGGCUGGAGGACAUGAAGCAGUCGCGUGUUCCAGGGACGACCUUGUGAACCGCCUGUGUUAGUCAAUUGAAGUCUUUCUUUUGCUAGGCACUGUAGAACAGGAAGCGCUUCUUGCCUGUUUUUUUUUUUUUAACAAUAACGUGGACGUCAGAAGCUUUUCACCUGGCUUUAAAAAAAAUACCAGUCAUAUACGAAAACAAAGUAGGAGGAUGACUGGAGGGAAGCACGAGUAAGCAGAAUCAUGUUACCACGAGAUUAUCUCCUCAUUGUUUUUGUACAUACAAAGUUUUAGUCGUUUUGUUGUUUAUUUAACGCAGACUUUUUGCGCACUCUAAGGGUGACAGAGACCUGGCUCAAUGAAUCACAGCAUUUAGAUGAAAGGAAAGAGGUGAUGUGAGUUGUGAGAAAUGUUGUGGGCGUGUAUAUGCUUUAGACUAGGUUCGGUGGAGGUAUGGGUACGGGUGAUAAUUUUGAAGCCAUCUCGUCAACACUGUGUUACUGGCGUUUGUUGUGCAGAAUGUUCAAUGAACAACUGAAUCCGCGGCACAUUGUGCAACAACACACACACAAACACCGAAGGUGGAGGAGGCUGACUAUAGUAGUAUCAUUAGAGUGGCAGGUUGUGCCGAGCACGUGAUUUCAACAACAGAACCUCUGCGGACACGAAGACCACCGCACUUUCUGAACAAAAAAAAGAGACCCCAACAAAUCUUGAAGGUCGCCUUUUGUUGUGGAACCUGAAUAAGUCCUUGUGACAGUCCGGUGUUUAUGGCGUCCAGGUAAGUGGGCUCUUUCCUCCUACCAGACCGGUGAGCACAAACAUACGUGACAUGUCCACUUGUCUGGGGCACAGUAAGUGAUCGAUAUUGAGGUUUGUUGUUACUACGUGCUCAGAGAAUUUUGGGGUGAGGUCUUUACUUUUUUCCUGUAAAGAGGGAUGAAUCGGUUUGUUUAGUUCUGGUUGUUUAGCAAAGACCAGCGUACCUGCAAGGUGAUCUGAGCUUUGCUCACGAAAGUCCUGGUUUUUGUUGUUUUUAUUUGGUUUGCUUGAAACGCACGUGUAGCGAUAUUUGAGGACUUUUAUUGAAUUCAUUCGCUCAUGUUUCCAUUUUCUUUUUUCCCCUCUCUUAUUUGUUUUUUUUAAAAAAUCUUUUCGUGGAAUAACGUUGACUGGUGUCAUGUGAGAUGGAAUAAAGGGCAAGUAGUUUGGCUGAAGGAAGGGGACAAAAUUAUUCUGCCAUGCUCCGCUCUUGUUACAAGAUUUACAUCUACACGUUUCUGUAUACCUUUAUUGUUUGAGUGUUUUGUUGUGAGAGUUGAGCUGGGGAAGAGGCCUCAAGUUCAUUGGCAUCUGAAACACGCCUUUCCUCCUUCGUACAUUAACGACUACAGCUCCUUUUGCUUUAUGAAGGGAUUUACAGGGCUGUCUUCAGGAGGGCAACUUGCGAUCAAGUGUGGCUUCUCGACCGUCACAGCUUGAUUUUGCUGCCGUUGAAAAAAAAGCGCGCAAGAGAUGAUAAAAAGAUAACUAUAGAUUUUUGUCCUUCCAUGAUCGUUUACAUCUGAAACCACAUACUGAUUUCUUUUAGCCCUGAACUGAGCAGCCCGUCUCACUGCCCAUGUAUAAUAUGCCACAGGCUGCAUUUUAAUAAAAAGACAUAUGUCCUCAUGUUCCGCCUGAAGACACUUGUCUCUUAGACAGCGUUUGGGGAACUACUUUGGUUAUAUCGAAGACAUGUAAGCUCAACUGAAAGUCUUGGGUUCUGCAUCAGCUAGUAGUAGUGAGACUUGUGAGAGGACGAACUGUGGAGAUGUUUGUUUCUGUUCGAGAACAGCCGUUAGCAAGCUUCAUGGGUGUCCGAAUGUCCACAUCAGGAUAAGCGUUUCCUCUCUCUAGACAUUGCUGGUUCAAUAUGCUGUCACAUUAUCCUCAAAUAUUUAUCAUUGUAUGUCUGCUCAUCAUUUCAGCACACAUUCCACCAUCAGCCGAGUCAUCUUCCAAUAAACCUGGCAGCAGCGACAACAGAUUCUGUUGAAUUUAACUUUGAUCUUAAAUGUAGUCAACUUAUGGUUGGUUUGCUUUGAGAAAUCUUUUAAGCCCGGUCAUUUCGGAUUUUUUUUUAAUUGAACACAAUGAAACAAUGUCGCAAGUUCACUUUCUUAAAGAAAGGGUUAAUUCUUUACAAGGAAUCCUUUCUUGGGUGGUAGAGGUGGAGUCGAAGGAAUUUACAUAUUUGUGUGUGUGUGUGUGUAUAUACUUAUGCAUACUUACACCAUUGUACAUAAUAUACAAUCUUGUGUUCUUAAUGCAAAAGAUUUCAUUUGCGCAAGACUUGUGUCUAUGUUUCUCCUUACAUGUAGAAUGCUAUCGAUAAGGAAUGUUUUAUUGCGAGUGAUAUUCUACGUGUUUCAGUUUAUCACUGACUUGAAAGGUCACUUGGAUUUCAGGUUUUGAGUCUCCUCUUUUCCUGUAGUGUUGCAGAAUGCCACUAAUAUCUGGUGCAGUUUUUUUUGGGAUUUGUUUGUUUUUUUUUUUUUUGUUUUUUUUGUUUUUAGUUUUUUUUUGCUCCAACACCAGAGGAUAUUAAUUAAUAACUCGACACAAGAAUGCAUCUUUAUACUCAGAAAAAAGUGAUGAAAGAGCAGACAAUCCUUUACCUCAGUGGGUAAUUUUUAUUAAAAGAUAGAGCCGCACUUUAUGGGAACGUUUGAAUAAAUUCAUUACAAAUAAUUUCUUGUAUAUUCGGUUGCUUGCAACCAGUAUGUCCGUUUUCUAGUCUCAGUGUUUUUAUGAACAUUUUUAUGAAAAGUCUGAGCAGCGAGCCAUGACUAAAAAUGAGCAUGGGUGGGAUGAUGAGAAAGAAGUGAUCAGUGCUUAUGUUUUUGAUUAUGGUCUCCCACAGCAACAACGAUACCUGCCUAGCAGCUUACAGGAAUCUUAAAAAAGCUUCAGCCUACAGGGACCUGGUUGAAAGCGGGGCUGCAGGCAAGAUGACUGAAACCUUCCAUGCUGACAAUGCCCACCACGGAAAGUGGCUCAAAACUUGUAGUCUGACAUAAACUAGAGGUGACCUGCAGCGGAAGUGACAAGAAACUUGUCAUCUAACAGGUAAACAAGACGUUCAUAUACUAAAGACUAACAUGUAUCUGAUCAGGGAUUUUCAACAUAGAUUGUAAAUAGCUACGACCUGGGAGGGCCUAUGGGCCGCGGGCGUGGCAAAAGUAACUCAUUUACUACUUCCGGUCCGUGUGGGCCAAGUUGUACAGUUAACCUAUAGAAGAGUCCUCGCUCGCAAAGGGUAACACCAGCGAUGUAAUAGGUUUUUUUUUCGUAUUUAUUUAUUAGGGAAAUUUACUUCAUCAUUGUAACGAAACUGCAUCGGCUGCAAAUAGGGCGCAAAAUUUUCCAUGUAAUCCAGUUAUUUAUUUCAAAAUCGUAGGACUCCCUUCUCCCACCACUUCUUCCCCUCUUUGAGAGUCUGUUUACAUCAUCUGGUGCAAAAUGUUGUGAUGUGCGAUGCUGUAUUUUAAUUUGCACUUGAUACCGCUGAACAUUCAAACAUGCGAGUCAUAUCUCAUGCUGAGGACAGCUCCUUGCUUGGUUGUCAGAGAACAGCACCUUAAUGGCAUUGAUGUCCACUGGAGCCUAGGUCUAGUCACAGUAUAGUCUUGACCUCAGUGAAACCGAUCGCAGAGGUAUCGAUCAUUGCCCUAUAUCGUUAAUGUGUCAUCGCUCUACCUUCACCUCUUGCGGCACUGAAUAACUUUGAUCAGUUGAUGCAUCUUUACACAAUGAAAGGUCGUGUGAGUGUGAUUCAGAAAUCCUGUUGGUAGUACUUUUGCUAUUAACGAGUUUUUGUUUUACUUUUGUAAUCCUUGAGCACAACAAAUGUGCAACUUUAUUCUCGGGAACUAGUUGUGUAUCAUUUAUCGGGGGAUCGCUUAGUAGGUGAAGGUUAAGGUGUGUUUAAGGACUUUUUUUUUUGGGAAAGGGGAGGGUUUGGGAGGGCCUACAGAUGGGUGUGACCUGUUUUGGAAGAAUCGAAUAUUUGGCGACAUUCUAGAAACAUUGCUAUAUUAGCAAUACUGAUGUAUUUGUGCCCAUAUCACAGAAAAAGUGUUGUAAUUGGAUCCGUGUCACUAGAAGCAUUGUUUUAUUUGUUCUGAACUAUAUCAGUAGUACUGUGUUAUAUUUGCACCUGUAUCACUAGGGUCUUGGUUACAUUUGGAGUCCGUAUGUAAGAAUUCUUCUCAGUCGACUGUGUACAGCAGGUGACUGAUCAAACUGUUGGCCCCCACUGGUUGAUUCUCAUUUCCUCAUCCCACACCUGGUCAGUGUGUGAUUAGAAAGGUUUUCUGAAAAUCGUGGAAGAGUAAUUGCGUUACAUUGUCUUUAUCAGAAGGUCCAGAAUCAACUAGAGAAAUAACAAUAGGGCUAGGAGGACGGAAUAAGAAAGGAGGUUUGGAAGAAUAAAAGCUAAAAAUAAAGUUCGGACAGUCCUGGAGAUCAUUUCAGCGACUUUCUUCUCAGGUGAAAGGGGAAAUAUGCAGACAGAAGUCACUUCCUGUCGAGGUCCAUAGCGAGCCAUAAAGAUUUCAUGAACUUGUAGCAUCUUAACCUACAGAGUGUUGCUUUCAUGUUGUUCCUUUCGUUUGAGUUUUUCUGUCAGAUGUGUUGGGAUAGCUACACGUUAAAUAUUGUUUACAGAUGACAACUUCUAUCGACAAUUUUAUGAAUUUACAUCUUGAUUUUCAGUGACUUUGGGCAGAGUAGAGAGAAUGUCCAAAAUUCUAGCAGCUCUCUUCACGGACUUCUCACGUGUGUCCUAAACAUUGAGGAAGAUUGGGUUAGUUCUGGGAGUAGUCUUCCCCACUCUUCCCCACCCUCUACACACAAGAGGCUCUACCACCUUUUUACUCGUUCUUCUUUCAGUCUGGUGACUGCCAUACUGACAUUUACUCGUCCUCACUGCGCUGAGCUUAAGAAAGAGAAGUAUACGUGGCAACCUCUACACUGAGUGUAUCAACAAAAUGCGGAGACUGGUAUGAAAAUAAAAGAAACAAUCCUCCAAAAAUGUGGAUAAAGGAGUAUUUCUUCUGGACAGCUGUUGUCAGAAUUGUCUCUGUUUUGUUUCAUCGUCGACGGGGUCAGGUCCCUGUUAUAAUCAGCAUCUCAGAGUUCUUUCGCGGUCAGCUGUCGAACCAAUCCAUGAAUCAUGAUUUGCAGAAAUAAAUCCCCAUCCCUUCUCCCUGGAUUCCAUUUGGAACAUGAAGUGACAGUUAUCAUUUUCUCUGGAUGUAGGCUGUAAGCACCAUCCCCAUCCCCCGAUAUAACGAGUGUGUGUGUAUCAACGUUUGAAGAACAGUACCUUUAUCAUAUUGACAAGUUUGUGACAGAAACUCCUUGUAUACAUCCUUUACUUUAACCACGAGAUAUUUUUCUGUAUCAGUCUUUUUUGAUAUACUAAAGCAUUCAACAGUCGCCAAGAGAAGUAGGACUCAUUAAGGAUGUUCAUGUUAUUGUAAGAAGUGCCACGGCUCGCAGCUUUUACCUGCACGCUGCUUCUCAUCAAGAUGAAAAUAACUCGUGGAAAAAAAAAACUGCACGAUGCCAAUUUUUUUUCUUUUUGGACCUUAAUGCAGCUGAGUGUUCACAAGUGUGAAGAUUAUGGUAUUUCUUUUAUCUGUUGUUUAGGUUUUGUGGAUACAAAAUUUUUAAUUGAUGUUACUGCAUUUUAAGCCGCUCAAAUCGUUACACUUGUUAAAAGUAGUCCCGAUGUUUUGUGCCUACAACAAUCUAGUGAAGUCUGUUCACGCAAGCAUUUAAGAGUCUAAACAAUUAAAGAUAUUGAUGCUCUGGGUGUCCGAGUUGUUGGGGGUCUGUUUAGAAACGGUUGCGGGAAACUGAGGGUCAGACACUAUCAGUAAAUCACCUGAAGUCUGUGAGUUUGUAACAGGAAUUGUUAUGCUUAUUGCGUUGCAUGCUUUGUUAACUGAUUUGUUGCUGUGUUUAUAAACAAUUAUUUUUACACAAUGAACCAGAUAAACCAGAUGUCAGCUA